AAUACUAAUACAAAAUUUUGUUCCAUACAUGUACCAUUGGUUUAAGAAGAGUCAUUUCAUAAUAGCAUUUAUCAACUUGUAUAUCUUCAAUAAUGAAUAUCUACUCUUUAAUAACACUGUCGUUGGCGAUUAGUACUUGUCUGCCAGUCAAAGGAGAGAACCAACUGGAAAAUACUUCACAGUCAACCGUUACUGAUUCAAAAAUAAGUGUGAAACUGAAAGUACAUAGUAGCCCGUCACCGGACGUUUCUGACAAAACAACAAAGGAAAAAUUAAUCUCAACAAGAUCCAGCAUUACUGAUGGAGGAACAACAAGUUCCAACCUUACCGUUGGAGAAACAACAACAUCCAACAUUAUUGAUGGAGAAACAACAAGAUCCAGCCUUACUGUUGGAGAAACAACAACAUCCAACAUUAUUGAUGGAGAAACAACAAGAUCCAGCCUUACCGUUGGAGAAACAACAACAUCCAACAUUAUUGAUGGAGAAACAACAAGAUCCAGCCUUACUGUUGGAGAAACAACAACAUCCAACAUUAUUGAUGGAGAAACAACAACAUCCAGCCUUACUGUUGGAGAAAUAACAACAUCCAACAUUAUUGAUGGAGGAACAACAAGAUCCAACCUUACUGUUGGAGAAACAACAACAUCCAACAUUAUUGAUGGAGGAACAACAAGAACCAGCCUUACUGGUGGAGGAAUAUCAACAGCAGAAGUCACAACCUCUUCUGCACCAGAAACACCUGAACUUGUACUAACAACUCCCUCAGAUGAUGGGAGAAAAAAGAAAACUGAUAGAGGAGGUGGAUUAUCAGGAGGUGAAAAGUUUGGAAUUAGCAUUAUGGUGUUGGGUGUUAUUGGUGCUGUGGGUGGUGGUUUAAUAUGUUUCGUGAGAAAGAGGAGAGCGUAA